UGAAAUUCAAAAUGUCCCUCUGGAAAGAUUAAGACAGCACAUUGAACAACGUACCAGCGAUGUCAUCUAUUCAGAAAACUCCUGGAUUUCAUAGCUUGCCCACUUCAGUCUUCUUUCUUGUAGCAAUGUCAUCGCCAGCAUCACCUGACUUAUCUUCACUGCUGGUGAGUAGUAAUUGGAUGUGCUUAGUAGACGAGUUAUAGAUGAUGGAGGAGUUUGUUGCUUGGGGAAAAACACUUUCGUUUUUUUUACAGAUUAUGGAGGAGGUCGCAGAAACUUUGCGAUAUAUUACGAUGUAAGCAAGAAGAGAUACGAUUGAAGUAAGUGGAUAAUGAUGAUGUGGCUAGUUUUUCUGACAACUACGGCCGUUUUACUGGGGUGAAAAAUACCAACUAAAGGGUUGCGGAGUGGUCAGUUUUGAAGAAGAAGAAGUCUAUGGAAGGGGUCGCAGAAACUUUGACGUGAUGAUAAUCGAUGUGAUGAAGGCGAAUACGGAUUUGACAUAAUGCUGUGUGAUAGACAUGGCAAAAACCGAUGUGAGGAAUAAACAAGAUUCAUUGAUUGUUUUCAUCACAUCAAACCGGUGUCAGCCAUGAACCGUCACAAGAAUGUUUUCAUCAGAAACCGGUGCCUGCCAUGAACCUGCU